GCGGGAUGGAAAGCACGCGUGGACGAGACCUCCUGUGCUGGUGGGUUGUGGGAAUAAAAUGUGGCUAUGGAUUUAAACCAUCGCCAUUUGUCAUCGGCCCUUAAUUGCGGCUACAAAAUCGAUGAUCGGGCUCUGUGGCCGCAUUAGGUAAUGUCACGUGACCAGGCGGCUGGAGCCGGCGGCCACCGCCUUGCGCCUGGCCCAAACAGGAAGGUGUGGAUGAUGCCAGGGGGCUGCUGGGACUCGGCUGGGUUCACGUCAGUGACGGAACGGCACCAGCCAGUGAGGCGUCGGGGAGACAAUCGUGGCGUUUCGGGGGUGGGGGUGCCGUGGGGGCCAAACGGGAGGAGGAACUGUCGUGAAGGUGGAGCGGGUUUUGGCGGGUUUUGGCCAGUCGUGUGUGGUCCGAGCGGUCCUUGAGAAUAUUUCUUGUGGCAGAAACUGGAUAAAUUUACCGAGAUAGCGGUGGUUG